GAUAAUCGGAAACGUGCACAAGUUGGGAAGGUGAUUGUGUUUGUGGCUGUAGUGCAUAAGUAGAUUUUGUUAGAACGAGAGCUUUGUUGUACUGGCGAGUGCUUGGCAUCCCACUCGCGACCAUCGCUGAUACCAACUUCUUGGAAUCCCUUGUGUAUUUUGAAGAACCGGAUUCUUGGCGGACAACGGCAGUUUCCGAUUCAUGUUAUCAGUGAUUCUGUGUGAGUUGUAGUUCUCCGCGAGUUGAGGUCGUGUCGUAUCGUUGAUGUGUUAUUCGUGGACUUUGAAGAUCUUAUGGAGGGUGGGUGGUAAUGGGUGGAAUUGGAAGUCAAAAUAGAUGUUACCUGCCUCUUUCAUCACCACUAUCACGGAGUGAAAACGCGAUGUGGAUAGCUUCACAUCUAGAGCUUCACGAUCCAUUUCGGAGUCACCUCUCGAGCAGUGCUCGAGGGCGAUGCAUUAUCUGAAGUAUAAAGAGACAUGUAUCUCCAAGCUUUGAGUCAACCAGCUUUCCAUUCAACAGCAGAUCAAUCCUCACGGCCUCUCUUUCCAUCUUUCUUGGCAUCUAAACUUCAUCAUGAAGGUUCAAACCAGUGCAGCGCUUCUCCUCUCCUCCUGGGUUCCAGCUACCUACGCUUGGGGUACCUUGGGACAUGAAACUGUUGCAUAUAUUGCUACCAACUUCGGUAACUUAACAAUCUUGCCAUGAUAUUACACACAUAUCCCUAACAUCAUAUUCCACAGUCUCUGCUUCUACCAAAUCCUAUUUUCAAGGCGUUUUGGGUGAUAGCACUACAGACUACUUAGCAAGUGUUGCCACCUGGGUUAGUCUUCCACUUCUUAUCGAUAUCACACACGAUUUUAAUUCCUCUGCAGUCUGAUUCGUACCGCUACACUACUGCUGGUAAAUUCUCAGCACCGUUCCAUUUCAUCGAUGCAGAAGAUAACCCACCUGAUUGUGAGUAGACGGAAUUUUCUUGACUAUUACCUCAAUCAAAAUUACUUAUUUGCUCGCCUAAACUGCCUACUUUGUCAAUGAAACUAAUUUCAUACCUAUUCAGCGUGCGGCGUUGACUACGACAGAGACUGCGGAUCUGCAGGAUGCGUCGUUAGUGCCAUUCAAAACUACGUGAGCCUGCCACAACUACCAUUUGCCCACAAACAAUGCUAAGCAACCGCAGACAACCAUUUUACAAAAGGGCACUGCUAGUGCUGCCAAUUUGGACAUCGCAGCUAAGGUAAGCACCAAUUUCACCUCCAAAAGCAGUUACUGAUAUUCAGCAGAUGAUCGUUCACGUAUGUCCUGAUUUCCUCUCCCAACUCUGGAAGUCAUCAUAUCUCCAUUCCCCAUAUUCCACAUAUCAUGUCCAAGGCACAUGGGUAUCCCAUGCAAAAAAGAUACUCGGCACCGUGUUUCUCCCUUCAUGGGCGAAGCGCCACUCUAGGAACCCUUUACUCACGUACCCUAGUUCGUCGGCGAUAUUCACCAACCGCUGCACGACGAAGAGCUCGACGUAGGAGGAAACACCAUCUCCGUCACGUAUGCCGGCAAAAAGACAAAUCUGCACGCUAUCUGGGAUACGCAAAUCCCCGAACAAUACGUUGGCGGAUACGCGCUCACCGAUGCGAAAACUUGGGCAGCUACCCUCACCACCGCUAUCAAGACCGGAACAUAUUCUUCUCUCGCCUCGGGCUGGACAAAGGGUAUUGAUAUCGAUGACCCAGUCUCCAGUUCUAUGUCCUGGGCUCAGGAUAGCAAUACGUUUGUUUGCAGCACGGUUUUCGCAGAUGGUAUUACGGCGGUGGAGUCGGGUGAUUUGAGUACGAAUGGUUACUAUGAUGCUGCUAUUCCGAUCGUCAAGUUGCAGAUUGCCAAGGCGGGGUAUAGGUUAGUAAUUUUAUUGAUUUACUUUGUUCUUUGCUGGUGGUAUUGGUAUCUUGGGAGUUGAUGUGCUAACGAGUUUAUAUCUAGACUUGCCGCUUGGUUGGAUUUGAUCGCUACUGGUACUACUAAGCUCUAAGUCAUUUUGGAAACUGGAACCUGGAAACUGGGAGCUCGGAAUUGGGAUAUGAUGAAUGAAUGAAUGAAUGAAUGACUGGAUGGAAGAGGGGAAGGGGAAAAAAGGAAAGAAAAGUUGUAUUAGAGAGAGACUCGUGUCAAAAAAUAUCAAUACUCCAACAUUCUACACUU